UCUGAAUGAAUUUGCAUUUGAAGUGCUGCAGAAAAACUGUUUGUGAAGGAACAUGUGGCUUAUUACUUGUGAGGGAAAAAAAAAAACAAAAAAACAAUCACAUCCAGUUUAAUCUUUUAAACGGCGCUGUGGGUGGCCAGAGUCGCGAAGUGUUGCUUAAUCCCACUUUCUGACCUCCUGUGGUGAAGCGGUGGAGGAGACGGAGGAGAACGGGCUUAUAUAAGCCUUUGGAAAUGGUGUGGAGCAGGGAGACGGCUCCACCGAUCACACAAGUUUGGCGCCUUAUUUACCAAAGGAUGGCGGCGAGGACCUUGGCGUCGUGGCUGCUGCUGCUGCUGCUGCUGGGGGUUGGAUUGCCACAGACCAGCUGUCAACACUGGUCGUAUGGACUGAACCCCGGAGGGAAGAGGGAGCUGGACAGCCUCGCAGACACUUUAGGGAAUAUAGUCGAGGGUUUCCCACCAUGCAGUGUUCUGGGUUGUGCAGAAGAGUCGCCUCUCGUCAAGAUCUACAGGAUGAAAGGACUCCUUGGGAGUGUGACCGACAGUGAAAAUGGACACAGAUCAUACAAAAAGUGAUGAAUCUUUAAUUCUACAAUAAACCCUUCCUUCAGCAUGU